AUGCCUCUCUAUAAAAAAAAGCCAUUUGCAUUAGUUGAGAAGCCAGGCGAUCUAAAUCCGGAAGAGCUUGUCUUUCAAAUUCAAUUAACAAAAGAAAUCUUCAGAAGUUAUAAGCAGAGCAGGAGGGCGAAUGAGGAAGAUUCCUCUGUGAGAACCAUUAAUCUGCAGGCGAGGAAUGAUACUUUGGAACAGCUGAUGGCCCAAGUGCGAGAUUUGCAGGCUCGAGUGGAGGGAAGGAAAACUGGAAGUUCAAGAGGACACCCGUUCUCGCAGCAUAUCUUGGAUGCCGAUUUGCCACAGGGGUUUAGAGAGUUGAACUUUUGGUAUGAUGGUUCGACUGAUCCUUCUCAACAUCUGUGGAGUUUCGAGAAUAUGGCGGUUCUGCAUUGUUAUAACAAUCAUGUUCAAUGCCGAGCAUUCGUAACGACCCUGCGAGGACCCGCGCAAGACUGGUUCCACCAAUUGCCUCCAGGAGCCGUCAGGAACUUUGACGGAUUUAGCUCGAGUUUCUUGAACCAAUUUGCAAGUGUUUCUCCUUACCUUACCAUGAUAGGUGCAGCAAAAAGAAAGAGAGUCGCUGCGAGAUUAUGUGGCGAGGUAUACACGAGCUUGUGUCGACGUGCCCUCAGACACAGAAGAAAUCAAGUCGGGAGGAUUGACCAGGGGACUGCUACCAGGUUUAUGCAGGAAUUCUCUGGCGAAGCGACCUGGGUGAGAACACCUGAGAAGGAGGAGCUUCCCCAGAAGAGGGGAGUGAUUGACAUGUUAUUUGGCGGGCCAACUGACGAAGAUUCAAAUCGUGCCAUAAAGGCGUAUGCUCGUGGUCGACAUGCGACAGCCGAGAUACAGCAAGUGGACGGGAACGGCCCGAUGAUGAACUUUGGGCCAGUAGAUGUGGGUGAAGUCGAGAGACCGCACAAUGAUUCCUUGAUGAUAACUGCCCAAGUGUCGGGCUAUGAAGUGCAGAGAGUAUUUGUCGACACUGGGAGCUCGGUGAAUGUGAUCUUUUAUGAUUGUCUUAAGAGGAUAGAGCUCGACAUACAACUCACACCCCUGCACACCUUGCUAUUCGGAUUCAAUGGUUCAGAGGUCGCGUCCCUAGGAGAGACUAUGCUCGUUGUCGUCUUAGGGGAGGGCGACUUGAGAAAGGUGAAAAUGGUGAGAUUCGUAGUAGUUGAUGUCGAGUCGGCUUAUAACGUGAUUCUGGGGAGGCCAGCGCUUAAUGCAUUUCAGGCCGUAGUAUCGACUUACUAUAUGAAACUAAAAUUCCCU